AACACAAGCAAGGCAUUUUUUGAUAAAGAAAGUGGUCUUGGAGUCAACACACAAAUUUGGUUUAGCGGAGAAUUUAAUAAAAAUAUUGAAACACGCGAGAAAGCAAUUGAAUCGUAGACCAGGUGGACAAGGCGCGGUGUGGGGUAGUGAAAGUGCAAGUCAAAAUAAAAGUGCAAACGCUAAAUAAAAACACACUUUUGAAGACUGACGACGGCCUGACUGAAUUUUAUUACUUAAUCAAUAUUUGAAGAAGUAAGCAGCCGGCAACAAUAAUAGCUAGCUGAGUAGCAAAGGAGAUAGCAUUUUAUAUUACGACACUAAGAAAAUCUCAACAUCAUCAAUUAACAUGGAUAAGAAACUUCACAGUGGAAUUCACCAUCCUACUUUGAGGCUACUACAGGAAUCUGGAUGUGAAAUAACACCACAUAAUUUGAUGUAUCCAGUGUUUCUGGUGUGUGAUGAUGAUGCACUGCAGCCCAUUGAAAGUAUGCCCGGGCAAGCCAGAAUGGGUGUAAACAAACUUAAGGAGCAUUUGGAACCCUUGGUGGCGAAAGGUUUAAGUUCAUUAUUACUUUUUGGUGUGGUCGAUUGCGAUAUGAAAGACGAAAACGCAAGUCACGCUGACUCGAAAGAGAAUCCAGUCGUGAGAGCUUUGCCUUUGCUUCGCAAAUGGUUCCCCAACUUGUUGAUAGCAUGUGAUGUGUGUUUGUGCCCGUAUAUGUCGCAUGGUCAUUGUGGCAUACUGGAUGAAAAUGGUUUGCGCAAUGAGGAUAGUAUAAAACGUCUUGCUGAAGUUUCGGUGGCAUAUGGUAAGGCAGGUGCUCAUAUUGUGGCCCCCUCAGAUAUGAUGGACAAUCGCAUAAAAGCAAUUAAGGAAGGUCUGAUAGCUGCCAAGUUAGAGAAUCGUGUUUCUUUGCUAUCCUAUUCUGCCAAAUUUGCCUCCAAUUUCUAUGGACCCUUCAGAGAUGCUGCCAAAAGUGCUCCCGCCUUUGGCGAUCGCCGAUGCUAUCAACUGCCAAGUGGGUCAAAGGGAUUGGCAAUGCGUGCCGUUCAAAGAGAUGUCAUCGAGGGAGCUGAUAUGCUAAUGGUUAAACCGGGUAUGCCUUAUCUGGACAUUUUACGCCAAACAAAAGAUACAUUUCCCAGCCAUCCCUUGUACGUCUACCAGGUAUCUGGUGAAUAUGCCAUGCUCUACUAUGCGGCUCAGCAUGGAGCUUUUGAUUUGAAGCAAGCCUUAAUGGAAUCGAUGAAAGGUUUCCGUCGUGCCGGUGCUGAUUGCAUUAUAACUUAUUUUACACCACUAUUGUUGGAUAUUUUGCUGGAAGAGAAAUGAUAUACGGAGACAAAGGACAAUACAACUCCGUUGAAGUUGAAAUAAGUGUACUUAUUACAUUAAUAUAUGUUUUUAAAUGGGUUCCUAACAAUUUUCAAUAUACAUUGGUAUAAUAUUAAAUGAGGAGAUAAUAAGAGGGCAUUUGGUGUACAAUUCAAUAUAGUAGUCUAGUGCAAUAAAAUAAAAUCUAUAUUCAUUGUCACAAAUUUAAUACAA